AUGGCACCUCAAUCUCGACGUGUAAGAUCUCAGAAGAAGCGAAGGGAAUCGGAAAAGACUGAGAAGGAAAAGGAGAACGAAGAAAUAUUGGAAUACCAAGAUGAAGAAAUAAUAUUCAAUGAUCAGACGAAUCAGCUUGUACAAUUUCUCCAAGACAAUGAUACGAACGUAGAUGCAGAUGAAGAUGAGGUUAUCAUGUGCCAAAGCCUAUGGCCAAUAGCAGCACCAAAAGAAGAAACUGAAACUUCUGGACACCGAAGAAAGACACCUGGUGGUGAGAUCCUCAAAGGCUAUCAAUUGCCAGUUAUCAACCCUCUGAACAAAUCAGGAAAGCUUGUCAGCCGCCCAAUUUCUAAAAGCAGCCGAUUCAACCACCGCAAAACUAAGGAGAAGGGAGAAGGAUUAAAUAAUCAAACAAUGUCAAACUUCUUGGCUGCUGGAAAGAAGACUCUGGACAAACACAAUAGCGAUAAGAUUGAAGAACUCGUCGAAUCAGAUGGCAAAAUUGAAGAACUUGUGGAUCCAGAUGGCGAGAUGAGGAGAUUUCCAACUUAA